AUGAGAUGUAGCCCCGCUGCGGUAUUCAAGCCUGGGACUCAGGGUUGCGAAAGGCCCGUAGCGCUCCGGUGUAUCAACGAGGAGUCGGAGAAACACAGAAGAACAGUACAGCUGGGCCGCGGCGAGUCAGCGGAGAAAGCUCUAGGAGACACCGGGGAUCUGUGGACGGCGGAGACUCAGCAAGAGAAAAAUCACCGGAGAUCAAUGGAGUUUGUCGUCGGCGAAGGAACAGCGGAGGAGACACCAGGACACUGUAGGGCUGGAUAGGCGAGGGCUAAGCGGAGAAGCAGCAAAGAAUCCACGAGAGUCACCAGUGAUCAGUCAGGAGAAAACAGGGAAACUCGGACCCAUGGGGACAGAUUAGCGGAUAUACUGUAGGCCGGCAGGUGAGGCAAGUGAUCCAAGGUAGGGAAGAUGGGCGGAGAGCUAUAUUGUUUGUAAAUCUUUGCAUAUUAUUAUUUUUUUAUUUGAUAUUUUAUAAACUAUUCAAAACAUACACAUACAAACGACAACACCAUGCAAACAUCAACUACAUGACACCUGCCCAGACCCACGAGCACACACCCCCAUCUCCAGGGCCCUCAUCACUUUCUGCCACAGCCUGAAACUGCACCAUUUUGUUUCUCUCUGUAGCCCACACACUUUCAAUAUUUAAAUAAUAAAUUGUUGCAUAUUAAUAUAGCCUAGAUGUAAAGCUGGACUUCAAAGGGUAGGCUCUAAACAACAAUUGUAAAUAAGACAGAUAUAGACUGUAGAUCAACUAAUAAAAGAUCCCAGAAAUGUUCCAUACUCACAAAAAGCAUAUUUAUUCUCUUAUUUUGUGCACAAAUUUGUUUACAUCCCUGUUAGUGAGCAUUUCUCCUUUGCCAAGAUAAUCCAUCCACCUGACAGGUGUGGCAUAUCAAGAAGCUGAUUAAACGGCAUGAUCAUUACACAGGUGCACCUUGUGCUGGGGACAAUAAAAGGCCACUCUAAAAUGUGCAGUUUUGUCACACAACACAAUGCCACAGAUGCCUCAAGUUUUGAGAGAGCAUGCAAUUAGCAUGCUGACUGCAGGAAUGUCCACCAGAACUGUUGCCAGAGAAUUAAAUGUUAAUUUCUCUACCGUAAGCUGCCUGCAAUGUCGUUUUUAGAUUCCAACCGGCCCCACAACCGCAGACCACGUGUAACCACGCCAGACCAGGAACUCCACAUCAGGCUUCUUCACCUGCGGGAUCGUUUGAGACCAGCCACCCGGACAACCAAAGAAUUUCUGUACAAACUGUCCGAAACCGUCUCGGGGAAGCUCAUUUGCGUGCUCUUUGUCCUCACCAGGGUCUUGACCUGACUGCAGUUUGGGGAAAUGCUCACCUUCGAUGGCCACUGGCACGCUGGAGAAGUGUGCACUUCUUGGAUGAAUACUAGUUUAAACUGUACCGGGCAGAUGGCGUUGUGUGGGCAAGUGGUUUGCUGAUGUCAAUGUUGUGAACAGAGUGCCCGAUGGUGGGGUUAUGAUAUGGGCAGGCAUAAGCUACAGACAACGAACACAAUUGCUUUUUAUCGAUGGCAAUUUUAAUGCACAGAGAUACCGUGACGAGAUCCUGAGGCCCAUUGUUGUGCAAUUCAUCCGCCGCCAUCACUUCAUGUAUUUUUUUUAUUUUUUUUUUUUAGUCAUUUAGCAGACGCUCUUAUCCAGAGCGACUUACAGUUAGUGAGUGCAUACAUGUUUUUUGUAUUUUUUCAUACCCCCUGUGGGAAACGAACCCACAACCCUGGCGUUGCAAACGCCAUGCUCUACAUCCCUGCCGGCCAUUCCCUCCCCUACCCUGGACGACGCUGGGCCAAUUGUGCGCCGCCCCGUGGGUCUCCCGGUCGCAGCCGGCUACGACAGAGCCUGGAUUCGAACCAGGAUCUCUAGUGGCACAGCUAGCACUGUGAUGCAGUGCCUUAGACCACUACGCCACUCAGCAUGAUAAUGCACAGCCCCAUGUCGCAAGGAUCUGUACUCAAUUCCUGGAAGCUGAAAAUGUCCCAGUUCUUCCAUUGCCUGCAUAUUCACCAGACAUGUCACCCAUUGAGCAUGUUUGGGAUGCUCUGGAUCGAUGUGCGUUCCAGGUCCCACCAUUAUCCAGCACCUUCGCACAGCCAUUGAAGAGGAGUGGGACAACAUUCCACAGGCCACAAUCAACAUCCUGAUCAACUCUAUGCGAAAGAGAUGUCGCACUGCAUGAGGCAAAUGGUGGUCACACCAGAUACUGACUGGUUUUCUGAUCCACGCCCUACUUUUUUCUUUUAAGGUAUCUUUGACCAACAGAUGCAUAUCUUUAUUACCAGUCAUGUGAAAUCCAUUGAUUAGGGCCUAAUUAAUUUAUUUCAAUUAAUUUUUUUAUAUGAACUGUAACUCAGUAAAAUCUUUUGAAAUUGUUGCAUAUUUUAUUAAAUUUUUGUUCAGUAUAUUGGACCUUUUUAAGAAAUGCCAUUGGUUGGUGGAUAUGAAGUCUAAAAUCUUUGAUGGGCUGAUGCGGAAUUUGUUACAGGGAGUAAUCACUGUCAGCUGGUGAGGUUAACCUGGCACAUGUUAGCCCUAUGCUAUAUGAUGGGAUCAGCUACAAUGUAGCAUUCUAUCACAUGCAACUACGUCGACUAUUGUAAUAGGCUGAUGCGCAUUUUGAGACAGGUCCAGGUUAAAUAUAAACGCUUUCUAAUGUUCGCAAGUAUGGACCCAAUGUGAUCAAAUACAUACAUUUUCUGUUUUCUGUAGACAAAAGAGAAUAUGAGGUAUUAAUUGUGAGGGAGGAAGGCCAGUAAAGUGGAUGAAAGCAAUAGUUGGCUACAAUGAUUUAUUAAAGUUCCUCCACUUUGCAGUCACAGUUGGUUUGUGGUCACGUCCACCAACCUGUCAGAGGCUUCCUUCCUAUUGCAGUCAAUUAGCCCACUGUUGACUUGGCUCACUCUGAAAGAGUGGUCAGGAGAAAAGCUCUCAAAGGAAGGAAAGGACCAGACUAGGUGGGUAAGCCAGUUGAGAUAAUACAGCAGAUGCUGUGUCAUGAACAUGGUAUCUUCUCAAGCGGGGAUGCUAGCGAUAGUACUUAGGUAUUCAAUUGCCAGGGUCUUGGUGUGCAACUUGACCUUUUAUCAAUAUACCUUACAGUGAGGCAACCUGUGACAGGAGAAUAAGAUGCAUUCCAUACCCCUAAAGUAGCUUGUAUGAUUGGUUGAUUUGGACAUAAUAAGUACUGCUCUGAUAUCUUAGGCCCACCUCCACUGCCUUGACUACCAGUAUACAUAUGUAAUCUUGACACAAUGCUGAAUGUAAUCCUCUAAGUGAAGACUCCAAUUGUAUCAGGUGCAUUGGGAAUUUGGAAUGAGUCCAUAUACCAAAAUAUUGUACAAGACUUUGUUAAAGUAGCCUACAAAAAUGUAAAAUAAUAAUGAAUUUAAAAAAGUUUUGCUAUGUCUUUUGCUUUUACAGCAUGCAGUGGAAUACAAAAACUGCUAGAUGCUAUGCUGAAUUGUGUGUGAGUGAGUUGUGAGUGUUUUGGGUUGGGGAGUGUGUGUGAACCGCUACGUAGCCACUGUUUUAAAAGAGCAGCCUGUGCUCACAGGCAAGACUGGACUUGACUGCAGGCCGCACAACACGCCAGAAACUUUUACCACCCAGUAUGAACAAAUAGUUUCUGUAAAGAAUCUCCCCCACACCUCCGCUGCUCUCUCCAUAAAAGCUGUUUGUCAAUGCAUGUUUUAACUAAGCUCUGACUUAGCUAAAGGUAUUAAACCUAGACUGAAUCAUUUAUCAAAUGAAACAAACUAGGAUCAGUUUACAUUCCCCUGCUAGUCACUGGGCUCACAGGUUAGCCUGACCUCAGUGUUAGCUUACCCUCAAUGAAGAGGACUCAAUUGACCGUAUCACUUUGAAAAUAAAAAUGACUUGCUGAUCCACCAACAAUAAGUCAUCAUAUUGUAUUGAUAGAGAAUAGAUAAUGGUUAUGAUGUACAGUAAAAGCUGAUUUGUUGUCCUCCAGGUUCUGCAGAGCCCCAUAAACCCCUGUCCUCUAUAAGGAGGGAAUCCCUGGGACGAUUGAGAAGGAGUGGGAGCCUUGACUUGGACCCUGACAUCUUCAAAUCGACCAACUUCUCUGACACAGAGGGAGGUGAGGAAGUCUUUACUCUGCACAGCCUAUGUGCCUUCUACAGAACCCAGUUUAAUUGAAAGGUAACUGAAGGAUCUUUGUGUUGCAGUGGUAUACAAGGCCCGUCUCCUCCCUGGGACCCCCGGCGUUGAGCGCACUUUCUCCCUCCCCUCCAACCCCUCGGCCCAGGGCACCUUCCUACUGCCCUCCUACCCUCUGGCUACACUCCCCGGGGGCCUGCUGACCCCAACACUGUCCCGCCGCCACGCUGACUCCUCACUGUCUAUGUCUAACACCUGGCCCAACAAGAGAGAGAGCAGCCCCCACAGACUAGACCCCAGCUCCUGGAAAGACAUAUCAAGUAUGGGUCUGGUAUCUACUGCAUAUUAUUGGGUAGAUCCUGGUAGUCAUGUUAUUUAGUUGAGGCAUGUUUUUGAGUGCUCUCUUUGUCCCCACAGGUGACUUCUCAUCCAGCAGGUGUUCUCCACGGCCUCUCCGUGCCUCUCUGGUGAGCUCCUCGUCUGCCUUGUCUUUCCGGCAGGCUCUGAGUGAGACGAGGACCGUGUUGCCUGUUUCCCGGUCUCCAGGCCUUCCCCUGCCAGAGCGGGGCCAGUCUCAGAAUGGCCAGCGGUUCAAUCCUCCAGCUCCAUCUCCAUCUAGCCUGCAGGACCACCUGUCUGAGAGGAACCUCCACCUGGACCUGGAUCACCUCAGCCUGCAGGACCAAGACCAGGAGCAGGAAGAGGACAACCUGGACCGGCAGGAGGUUAGGAUCACUGUUUUACACACAUGGCUCUGCUUAGUGAAGUCUCCAGCUGAAUGUAGCUAGGACACUGUCUGAAAGCUGCAGUCUUGCCAUCAGGGAUUUAUCCAUAGCUGUACCCAUAACUCUGGAUACCUCAGUGCAGGAACAUGGCAUGUGGAUCAUGUUUUCCCUUCAUUAGUGCAGUGGUGGUGAAAUGGGUAAUAUUUGGGACUAAGUAUGUGUGUUGUAAUGUUAGUGCUGGGUAAAGAUACUUGAUAUCUAAGUUGUCAUGGAUAUACACCAUGCAUAAAAUAGUAUCUGUAUUCACAGCACACUCUUGCCUUGCUCUUAGGUUACUGAUGAGCUAAUGUGUUGUUGUUGUUGUUUACAGAUGCUGAACUCUCUGCGCUCCCUGCGCUGCAGUGCAGCUAAGAAGAAGGCCAAGGUGAGUCUGAGUGGCUCAGACCCUGACCCAGAUAGCCCAGACUCAGCCAUGAAACUGGAGCUGGCUCUGGACUCCCCCUCUCAAACCUCGCCCACAGUCACCAGCCCAGCUAGCGAGAGCGGGCUCUCCAGCAUCUACUCACCCCCAAACUCUACCCUCAAUGGCACCAAAACCAGGUACAUUCCACUAGAUUCUAAGUUGAACCAAAUGAGAUCCUGUUUCAAGAAUAAUGGGAGGGGGAGGGGGAGGGGGAGGGGGGGGGGGGGGGGGGGCAAAGGGGUCAAGCUAUGAUAUUCACACCUUCAAAUAGACACACACCAAGGUCUGAUAGAUAUGAUAUCCCUUCUGGUGAAUAACCUCUGACCUCUGUCAGCAGCCCUGGGAAUUCUGCCUCCUCUUCAGCAAAGCCUCACAUCGCUAGAGUGCCUUCUGCUAAGCUGAGGUCUUCUGUCUCCAUGGACUUCAGUGCCCUUCAAGGUACAGUGAGGAUUUGACGUGUAAAAGGAUCUCUCUGAUUAGUGUUGUUUCUGUUGCUGAUUAAUCUCUAAUAGUGUGUUUGUGUGUUUUCUUCACCAGGCUUUCCACUCAGAGAUAAAAUUAUACCUGAAGUAAGUGUUAUUGGUCAAAGAGUCCCGUACUCUAACGGACCAAUGGAACCUGAGGAAGAGGACCGGACUAGAGAAUACUCUCCACCCCCAACUAGACCAGCCUUCCGGGAGACAGUUAAAGCCCUGAGGCCUGCCAAAGGUCAGUCACUGCAAGGAGGCCUGCUCCAUUGAGGCAUAUCACUGUCCUUAAAUUAUGGGUAUUUUUCUAUAUGUUUUCCAUAUGUUUCAGUGACUUGUUUAAAAAUAAAUGUGUAUAUGUUUCUCCAUUCUCUGUUCCUCAGGGUCCCAGAUCUACAGCAACAGGAACUCACCAGUCACUGACAUGCCUGGUGUGGUUGGCAGAGGUCAGUCCUUAACUGUCUCCUCUUAUUUACGUCUCUGUGCCAUUGUUCAGAUGUCCAUGAUGUCCAAUACUGUGUUCUGAGGUCAUGGUGUUCUGGCUCAGGGCUGUGUUUAUUAAAGGAGAACUCCACCCAAAAAUGAUAUUUUGGUAUUUGUUUCAUUAGUGCAUUGUUGAUAUAGUCCCAAAAUGUUUUCCAUGUCAGCAAUCAAGUUUUCAAGUUAUAUAACUUUCAAAAUACAGAAAUACAGCCGGUAUGAUGCAUUUUGCAUCAUAUAAUGCUGCGUUUUGCAUAAUAUAAAAUGACUAAAAUGUAGAAUAUGAUGCAAAAUGGAUCAUACUGCCUAUAUUUCUGUAUUUUGAAAGUUAUAUAUCUUGUAAACUUGCAAAACAUGUUGGGACUAUAUCAACAAUGGACUAAUGAAACAAAUACCAAAAUAUAGUUUUUGGGUGGAAGUUUCCUAUAACCACAGAGCCAAAUCUCACAGUACUCAAGGCCCUGCCUGGGGCCACACAGUAUCCGGGCCAAGUCAAAUCAUUGUUUGGGUUAACUUGUAGUUGGCAAUACACUUAGCUUUGUCACAGUAACAUAUGCAAAAACUUGCAGAGGAGAGAGGGCAUCAUAUUUUGGAAGUCAUCACUGCUUACAGUAUUCUGUAGCUAUGUAAAUACACUGUACUGCUCAAGGUUUCAGCUUUGUAUUUGUAUUUAUUAUGGAUCCCCAUUAGCUGAUGCCAAGGCAGCUUCUACUCUUCAUGGGGUCCAGACACAUUAAGACAGUUACAGUUGAAGUCGGAAGUUUACAUACACUUAGGUUGGAGUCAUUAAAACUUGUUUUUCAACCACUCCACAAAUGUCUUGUUAACAAACUAUCGUUUUGGCAAGUCGGUUAGGACAUCUUCUUUGUGCAUGACAGAAGUAAUUUUUCCAACAAUUGUUUACAGACAGAUUAUUUCACUUAUAAUUCACUGUAUCACAAUUCCAGUGGGUCAGAAGUGUACAUACAUUAAGUUGACUGUGCCUUUUAAACAGCUUGGAAUAUUCCAGAAAAUGAUGUCAUGGCUUUAGAAGCUUCUGAUAGGCUAAUUGACAUAAUUUGAGUCAAUUGGAGGUGUACCUGUGGAUGUAUUUCAAGGCCUAGCUUCAAACUCAAUGCCUCUUAGCUGAUUUAUUUUGAUUUUCCCAUGAUGACAAUCAAAGACCUCAGAAAAAGAAUUGUAGACCUCCACAAGUUUGGUUGAUCCUUGGGAGCAAUUUCCAAACGCCUGAAGGUACCACUUUCAUCUGUACAAACAAUAGUAUGCAAGUACAGUGGGGAGAACAAGUAUUUGAUACACUGCCGAUUUUGCAGGUUUUCCUACUUACAAAGCAUGUAGAGGUCUGUAAAAAAAUCCUGAAAAUCACAUUGUAUGAUUUUUAAGUAAUUCAUUUGCAUUUUAUUGCAUGACAUAAGUAUUUGAUACAUCAGAAAAGCAGAACUUAAUAUUUGGUACAGAAACCUUUGUUUGCAAUUACAGAGAUCAUACGUUUCCUGUAGGUCUUGACCAGGUAUCAGACCACAUGACCUUCUCCCAUUCCUCCUCUGGAUCAUCCAGAUGGUCGUUGGCAAACUUCAGACGGGCCUGGACAUGCGCUGGCUUGAGCAGGGGGACCUUGCGUGCGCUGCAGGAUUUUAAUCCAUGACGGCGUAGUGUGUUUUCUAAUGGUUUUCUUUGAGACUGUGGUCCCAGCUCUCUUCAGGUCAUUGACCAGGUCCUGCCGUGUAGUUCUGGGCUGAUCCCUCACCUUCCUCAUGAUCAUUGAUGCCCCACGAGGUGAGAUCUUGCAUGGAGCCCCAGACCGAGGGUGAUUGACCGUCAUCUUGAACUUCUUCCAUUUUCUAAUAAUUGCGCCAACAGUUGUUGCCUUCUCACCAAGCUGCUUGCCUAUUGUCCUGUAGCCCAUAGACUUGUGCAGGUCUACAAUUGUAUCCCUGAUGUCCUUACACAGCUCUCUGGUCUUGGCCAUUGUGGAGAGGUUGGAGUCUGUUUGAUUGAGUGUGUGGACAGGUGCAGUUAAUACAGGUAAUGAGUGGAGAACAGGAGGGCUUCUUAAAGAAAAACUAAUAGGUCUGUGAGAGCCGGAAUUCUUACUGGUUGGUAGGUGAUCAAAUACUUAUGUCAUGCAAUAAAAUGCAAAUGAAUUACUUAAAAAUCAUACAAUGUGAUUUUCUGGAUUUUUGUUUUAGAUUCCGUCUCUCACAGUUGAAGUGUACCUAUGAUAAAAAUUACAGACCUCUACAUGCUUUGUAAGUAGGAAAACCUGCAAAAUCGGCAGUGUAUCAAAUACUUGUUCUCCCCACUGUAUAAACACCAUGGGACUACGCAGCCGUCAUACCGCUCAGGAGGGAGAUGCGUUCUGUCUCCUAGAGAUGAACGUACUUUGGUUCGAAAAGUGCAAAUCAAUCCCAGAACAACAGCAAAGGACCUUGUGACGAUGCUGGAGGAAAUGGGUACAAAAGUAUCUAUAUCCACAGUAAAACGAGUCCUAUAUCGACAUAACCUGAAAGGCCUCUCAGCAAGGAAGAAGUCACUGCUCCAAAACCGCUAUAAAAAAGCCAGACUACGGUUUGCAACUGCACAUGGGGACAAAGAUCUUACUUUUUGGAGAAAUGCCCUCUGGUCUGAUGAAACAAAAAUAGAACUGUUUGGCCAUAAUGACCAUCGUUAUGUUUGGAGGAAAAAGGGGAAGGCUUGCAAGCCGAAGAACACCAUCCCAACCAUGAAGCACGGGGGUGGCAGCAUCAUGCUGUGGGGGUGCUUUGCUGCAGGAGGGACUGGUGCACUUCACAAAAUAGAUGGCAUCAAGAGGAAGGAAAAUUAUGUGGAUAUAUUGAAGCAACAUCUCAAGACAUCAGUCAGGAAGUGAAAGCUUGGUCGCAAAUGGGUCUUCCAAAUGGACAAUGACCCCAAGCAUACUUCCAAAGUUGUGGCAAAAUGGCUUAAGGACAACAAAGUCAAGGUAUUGGAGUGGCCAUCACAAAGUCCUGACCUCAAUCCUAUCGAACAUUUGUGGGCAGAACUGAAAAAUCGUGUGCGAGCAAGGAGGCCUACAAACCUGACUCAGUUACACCAGCUCUGUCAGGAGGAAUGGGCCAAAAUUCACCCAACUUAUUGUGGGAGGCUUGUGGAAGGCUAUCCAAAACGUUUGACCCAAGUUAAACAAUUUAAAAGCAACACUACCAAAUACUAAUUGAGUGUAUGUAAACUUCUGACCCACUGGGAAUGUGAUGAAAUAAAUAAAAGCUGAAAGAAAUAAUUCUCUCUACUAUCGUUCUGACAUUUCACAUUCUUAAAAUAAAGUGGUGAUCCUAACUGACCUAAGACAGGGAAUUUUUACUAGGAUUAAAUGUCAGGAAUUGUGAAAAGAGUUUAAAUGUAUUUGGCUAAAGUGUAUGUAAACUUCCGACUUCAACUGUAUAUACAAUUAAUGACAUUACAUUUCUUAACAGAUUUCACAACACAUGUGUGUGUGCCCUCAGUCCACUACUCUACUACAACACAAAAUCCAUGUGUACGUGUGUGUGUAUAGUGCGUAUGUUAUCAUAUGUGUGUGUCUGUGCCUGUGUGGGUGUGUCUUCACAGUCCCCACUGUUCCAUAAGGUGUAUUUUUGUUUUUUAAAUCAGAUUUUACUGCUUGCGUGAGUUACUUGAUGUGGAAUAGAGUUCUAUGUAGUCAUAUGGAACUUUGCUGAAUAAUGGUUUCAAUGAAAACAUUAGCUUGAGCGCUCUUGAAUCUUCCUCACUUCUCCCCUCUGCAGGAGUGUUUGGCUUGGGGGUUCUGUCCAGCUGUCCAGGCAUUGCCAUGUCGAUGGAGCAGGGCGACUGUAUGACCAGGCUGCACAGUGACCCUCCAACUGGCAUCUACAGCCAUGCUGUCCCCGGCAACCACCUGGACCCCGACGACAGCCCAGACUCGGAGGCUAGGGUGAGCAGGUCCACCAUACUGUACAUACACCACCAACAACCUCUGAGACUACAUUUCCCAUUAGGCAUUACAGAUUGAAAGAAAAUGUCCCUCUACCACUGCUAUCAGUCAGUUACACCUGUGGCAUGUAUUUGGCUGGAGUGUUGUGUGUUUGUGUGCAGGAAAGGCUGAGAACGUCUAGGUUUGCUCGGAACAAGAUGAGGCAGCACCGAUUGGCGCAGCAGGAGGGCCAGCCCGCCCUGGGGGAUCGUCAGAGAGCUGACAGGAUGCGCCUGCGCCUCAGACAGGUGCAAAAUGACAUGGCUACAGAGGAUACAGCAGCCAUUUCCAAAGGUGCAAUGUUUCUUCCUUAUCCCUCCAAUGCUAUCCAUAACCCCAGGACAGGAUUUCCCUUGAUACACUGGCUUUUGUAAUGUUGCGAAAUGUUUUGUCAUUUUUGUUCUGACAGUAGCAUGCGUCUUCCUGCUUGUGCUUGUGGUUCAUCUCUAUAGUGUUUGUUCUUCGCCUAACAGACUUGCAUCUGAAUGGUAGCAUAGUGACGUCCACCAAGGCUGACUCUCUACCAGACGAGUCUCCCACCAGCCCUGCCAGCCCCCAGGGACCCCAGAACCCCAUUAAAUGUUUCAGUCCCCCUCACCAGCCUAGCCCCCCCACGGUCCCUCCCAACCCCAGGAGCACCCUGGCCCGCCUCAGGAGGGCUCCCAGUCUCAGCAGUGCACGGCCGUCCCUCUCACACAGCUCAGGUCAGUGGAACAGUCUGGCAGUCAUCAUAUAAUCUGUCUCUUUGCAGUUAAAGGGUAGCGCCACACUGUUUUUCAUCAUAGCAUUAAAUACAUGACUGUAUGUUCUGUGGUGUCUCUCAUUCAUUUUAGCAACUUAAUUAUACUUUUUAACAUGGUGGAUAGAUGAAUCAGUCAACACAUCAUAUCUCAUUCUAAAGAGGUUUAGUGCACUACUAAUUAGCCCAUCGCAGCUCCAACAGUAGCUGAGCUUGGGAACAGUAAAUGAGAUGUUCUCUUAGAUAAUGGAGUGCAAAGCUUUGUUUUCACAGCUUCUAUUAAUACAUCUCCUGCCACGCACGCUGCUUCAUUUAGCCAGUGACUGAUAGAACUGUAAUGUAACAAUAGAGCUGUAAUGUAACACUCUGCUGUGUGUUGUUGUGGCCAUACAGUGCCUUCAGAAAGUAUUCACACCCCUUGACUUUUUCCACGUUUUGUUGUGUUACAUCCUGAAUUUAAAAUGGAUUACAUUUUUAUUUUGUGUCACUGGCCUACACACAAUACCCCAUAAUGUCAAAGUGGAAUUAUGUUUUUAGAAAUUAAUGAAAAGCUGAAAUGUCUUGGGUCAGUAAGUAUUCAAACCCUUUAUGGCAAGCCUAAAUAAGUUGUUCCUGUUUGCAAUAAGGCCCUAAAUAAAACAGCAAAAACUGUUGUGGCAAAUAAAUUAACUUUACUGUAUGUCCUGAAGCGUUAUGUUUGGGGCAAAUCCAACACAACACAUCAGUGAGUACCACUCUUCACAUUUUCAAGCAUGGUGGUGGCUGCAUCAUGUUAUGGGUAUGCUUGUCAUCGGUAAGGACGUUUUUUAGGAUAAAAAGAAACGGAAUAGAGCUAAGCACAGGCAAAAUCCUAGAGGAAAACCGGGUUCAGUCUGCUUUCCACCAGACACUGGGAGACAAAUUCACCUUUCAGCAGGACAAUAACCUAAAACACAAGGCUAAAUAUACACUGUAGUUGCUUACCAAGACGACAUUGAAUGUUCCUGAGUGGCAUAGUUCGUUUUUUUUACUUAAAUCGGCUUGAAAAUCUAUGGCAAGACUUGAAAAUGGCUGUCUAGCAAUGAUCAACAACCAAUUUGACAAAGAUUGAAGAAUUUUAAAAAGAAUAAUGUGCAAAUAUUGUACAAUCCAGGUGUGAAAAGCUCUUAGAGACUUACCCAGAAAAACUCAAAGCUGUAAUCGCUGCCAAAGGUGCUUCUACAAAGUAUUGACUCUGGGUGUGAAUACUUAUGCAAAUUAGAUAUUUAUGUAUUUCAUUUUCAAUAAAUGUGCAAACAUUUCUAAAAAAAAACUGUUUUCACUUUGCCAUUAUGUGGUAUUGUGUGUAGAUGGGUGAGAGAGAAAAAAUACAGCCUGAAUUCAAAAUGAAUUAAAUAUAACACAACAAAAUGUGGAUUAAGUCAAGGGGUGUGAAUACUUUCUGAAGGCAAAGUAUUCAGACCCCUUCACUUUUUACAGAAAAUAAAAAAACAGAAAUACCUUAUUUACAUAAGUAUUCAGACCCUUUGCUAUGGGACUCGAAAUUGAGCUCAGGUGCAUCCUGUUUCCAUUGAUCAUCCUUGAGAUGUUUCUACAACUUGGGAGUCCACCUGUGGUAAAUUCAAUUGAUUGGACAUGAUUUGGAAAGGCACACACCUGUCUAUAUAAGGACCCACAGUUGACAGUGCAUGUCAGAGCAAAAACCAAGCCAUGAGGUCGAAGGAAUUGUCCGUAGAGCUCCAAGACAGGAUUGUGUCGAGGCACUGAUUUGGGGAAGGGUACAAAAAACAGCACUGUCAACAUUGAAGGUCCCCAAUAACACAGUGGCUUCCAUCAUUCUUAAAUGGAAGAAGUUUGGAACCACCAAGACUCUUCCUAGAGCUGGCCACCUGGCCAAACUGAGCAAUCGGGGGAGAAGGGCCUUGGUCAGGGAGGUGACUAAGAACCUGAUGGUCACUCUGAAAGAGCUCCAGAGUUCCUCUGUGGAGAUGGAAGAACCUUCCAGAAGGACAACCAUCUCUGCAGCACUCCACCAAUAAGGCCAUUAUAGAAUAAGGCUGUAACGUAACAAAAUGUGGGAAAUUUCCAUCAUAAUUGUGUUGUAUUUAAUUAUGUGGUUGUUUCCUCCAGAUGAGUUGUCCCCAGGCACUCCCAGCCAGAAGAGUGACCUGACAGAGCAACCUGAACUACGGCCGUUCUCCAAACCUGAGUUAGCACUGACACAGAGCUUCAAACUCCUCAACUCAGACGACUGGUGAGCUUUAUUCUCGAUUUGGAUCCCUAUUAGCUGACGUUUUAGCAACCACUAAACCUCCUGGGGUCCAACUGAACCCCACCGCUAGCAUUUAACCCCAUGCUAUACUUAAACAUUGUCUAGUCAGACCCUACUUCAAAUGUCAAUUUUAUAGUUUUUGGAUGCAUAUAAGCAAUGGAUUGGAAUUACUCAAUUUCUAUUUCUCUAUUUAUUAAUGAAGGGAGAAGAAGAUCGAAGGCCUCACCUUUCUCCGUGGUCUGACGCUGUACCAUUCAGACAUACUGCUGAACAGGCUGCAUGACGUCUGUCUCGCACUCAUCCAAGAGGUAUGACCACGACUCCUCAUUAUUUUAGUCUUAUAUAAAUGUUAAUGUGCAGUCCAUUGUCCUGGGGACCCUCAUCCAAUCUAUUUUCUUCCUUCUAAUCAUAAUCUCAGCCUCAAUCAAUUCAAGACAGGGUGGUCCUUGUAGACUCUAGCUGUUUAAUGACUGAUUUUCCUACAUCCUGAUGAGGCAAUGUAACCAUUCAAGCCCUUGGUGAGAUGGCUGAAAAAAAAAUUAUCUAGCUGAUUCAAUAUCAUCAUCAUCGUCAUCAUCGUCAUCUGAGUGUAUUGCUCCCCAGGUGAGGAACCUUCGGUCGGGUGUGUCCCGUGUUGCUGUGGGGGCGAUGGGUGAGCUGUACACCGCACUGCAGAAGGGGAUGGACCAGGAGCUGGAGGGCACUGCCAAGGCUCUGUUGCAGAAGGCUGGGGAGUCCAAUGCCUUCAUCAGGCAGGACGUGGACGCAGCGCUGGACAGCAUGGUGCAACACUGUACCCCCACCCGCAGCCUCAGCGCCCUGCUCACCAGCGGCCUCAGGUCAGACACACACUCACGGUCACCAACUAGCACUAUCAGCAGUUCAGCACCAGUACUUGAAUUACAUGCUUUGCUUGAAGAUAUUAAAUCUUACCAUGCUUGUAUCUUAUCAUUAAAGUGGGCCAUUAGGCUUUAUUUUCUAUGUGGUGCUGACCACAUCCCUGAUAUUGUCUCUUGUGAACAGUCACCUGAACUCAGUGGUGAGGAAGUGCGCAGGUCAUCACAUGGUCAACCUGAUGGAGAACAUUGGCACUGCCCGCCUGCUAUCUGGAGGGAAAGACCUCACCGACCGAAUCCUACCUGCCGUCACCAAGCUGUCACAAGACUCCUCCCAGGAAGCUAGGUAGGGAGGGAAUUUUGUUAAAAACCAACGUAUGUCUGUUUUUAAUACUAGUAAGUGUGUCUGUUAUCAAUAGAAUGUGGCAUUGUUUGAGGCUGUUCUUCUCCUCAGGUACCAGGGACGCCGGAUGCUGCUGUUUCUGUCAUCGCACCCUGAUUUUGAUAAGAUGUUGGAGAAAUAUAUCCCUGCCAAAGACCUGGCUCCCAUCAGAGACACUGUCUUCACACUGAAGACUAAGGUACAGAACACUGUCUAACUGAGAAGGUGUGUGUGACUGUUAUGAGUCAUUCCUGUCUAUUUUUGUCUCCCCCUGCUGGGGGCUUGCGUUUUGAGACAAGACACUUUUACUUUAAAGGUCCAAUGCAGCUGUUUUUAUCUCAAUAUGAAAUCAUUUCUGGGCAACAAUUAAGUACCUUACUGUGAUUUAAAAUGGUCAAAAAUAAACAAAAAUAGCUUCUUAGCAAAUAGCAAUUUCUCAAGCAAGAAUUCUGCUAGGACUGUCUGGGAGUGGUCUGAGUGGGAAACGGAAAACUUGCUGUUAUUGGUAGAGAGGUUUGGAACUCUUUUUCUUAUUGGUCAUUUCACUAAUUUACUACCAGGCAGGCCAAAGUUCCAUCCCACCAAAACAGGGUGAAAUUUCAGGCAGUUUUUUCAAACAGCUCUUGCACUAAAAGGGCGUUAUCAUAAUUUUCACAAUUUCACAGUAUUAUUCCAACCUCAUAGUGUGGAAAUAUACUGUAUAUAAAACACAGGAAAAUCGCGUUUUUGACUGCACUGGGCCUUUAAGGAAGCAGUGGUUACAUGUGUGUUAAUGUGGUCUGAAGGGCCUUGGAGAGAUGCCCCAGGACACCCCGUCAGCCAGGGGCCGGCGUUCCCUCCCUGGCAGUGGCACAGUGAGGGCCUCAUCUCUCAGCAGGGAACCCCUCAAAGUGGUCAACAGGUGGGCAAACACGACAACACCAACUGAAAUGUGUAGCACGUCAGUCUCAUCAAGUUUACAUCCCUAGCAUACUGAACUGUUAUGAAUAAAGCCAUGGCUAGCUGUGCUGUUUGUCCAUGCAUUAGCACAGUUUGUGUCAUUGUAUGUACAGUUUGUUCAUGUGUCAGUAUGAACUCCCCUCUCCAUGUCUUACCUACUGUUUGUGUAUCUGCAGGGAGUCUGGGCAGUACAGCAGCAGACCUCAAGCUCACAGCAUUGCAGACAAGACCGAGUACAUCAAGCAGCUCACAGCCCAGCUGGGUUCAAAGGAUUUCAGAGAGCGCAUCAAGGGCAUUGACCAGAUAGUGGUGGACUGCGAGCACAACCCCAACAUAGUCAUCGGCAGCAUCUUUCCGGUAACUGAUGUCAUCUAAACAAUACCAGAUAUUCUUUAGCCUUAUAUACUAGUGUUGCGUGGGUCAGAUGUUUGUUCACCCGCACCCGCCCGCAAUUGCUAAUAACCCAUCCACAACCGCCCGACUAUAUGUGAUAAUGGGAAAAUCUGAGGCCCGCACCUAACCCGCUAAUAUAGAAAAUGCGCUGUAGGCUACAGUCAGAGAUGGCUAAACGAUUUUUUGACAAGGGGUGCAGUUUUUUUUGUUGUUGCCUGAUUUAGAUAUGUUUCUGCAUAUAGCCUAAUUUCCAACAGCUUCUCUUCUGUCAUUAUAUGUUGCCCCAGAAGACUAAAUAAAGCCUUGCUCACCAGAAUAAUGUCAUAAAUCGAUAGAAUGAAUGCUUCAAUGUAGCUUCAAUGUAGUUGACAAGUUUUUCUCUGUGAUCUCUGCUUCUUUCGCGGAGCAAAGACGUUUAGGGACCGGGGAGAACAUUUUAAAAAAUACAGGAAAGAUUUUCUGUGCAACAUUUCCAAGGGACAUCAGUUUGACCGGUUGUAAGGAAAUAGAAACACCAUUUGUACAUCAUGGUAUGAUGCAAGCAUUCCACUUUACAAAAUAAAAUGCAUUACUAUUUUAUUUUUUACCAUAGAGAACCAGACAAAAAUGUAGGUUAUACUCUGGCUAUUGGCUUCUUUGCAUAUUCAAAAUACAACACUGCCCCUUUAAGGCUCUCCUGGAGGAUGGUUACAAUUACAACCAAAUACUUUUUAUGUCUUUAUAAAAUAACUCCCUCCUUAAGGGCGUCCUGUCGUCCCUGGGAUGAUAAAAAAAAUAUGUAUAUGGUUCAAAACAGACUCUGGGACAGUUCUGGGACAACUGAUUCAAAAUUCAUACGACCACUGCAUAUAAAAAAAUUUAAAAAAGCAAUGAGGCUGAUGCAACAGAUCAGACCUUUUAGCUUAAAAUGUUGAUCGUUUUAUUUCUUCAUAUUAUAAGCUCAACAAUGUGCACAUGGCUGUAGGCUGCGCGCAAAUGUUCCAAAAUGCAAUUAGCGGGAAAACAUCGUUUUCAAAAGCGUGCCGCACGAGCUAGCAGUUUCAUGUGACAGAGAUGAAAAUAUCUGUUAGAAAUUAAGGAAGGAAGGGGGGGGGGGGGUCUAAAGAUGCAUCAAAGAUCUUGUCCAUUCAGACAAUUGAAAUUGAAAUCUAUACUCUUCUUGUCCAAUUAUUUGUUUUACUUGUUCCUGGACAAGAGGACAAGCGUUAAUUUCGAGCCCUGUUUAAGGUAUUGUUUUCUCUUUAUUCAACCCGUCCGCCACCCACCCUCCCUUCAUCCACACAAUAUUCCAUGACCCUAAACCUGCCUGCCUCACGGAUAUAACUGCAGAGACAGCGGGUUAUGAGUCAACCCGCGCUCACUAUUAUAUAUCCUAAGCUGCAAAUUGCCGAAGUCCUCUGACUAUCACAAAGAAAACUAUAACUUUUAUUGACAAAAUAUAAACCAUGUAAAUGCCCCUAGAUAAGAGGACCUGUGUAAGUAGGUCAUAGUUGAAUCUAUAGUAAUGCUUCUCUCCCAGGUGUUUGAUGCCUUUAAGGCCAGACUGCAGGAGUCCAACAGUAAGGUCAACUUGUACGCUCUGGAGUCUCUGCAGAAGAUCGUCACUGUGAUGAAGGAUAACCUGGCCCAGGUAGUCUACAUCCUGGUCCCGGCCAUCGUGGACAAUCACCUCAACUCCAAGAACAAUGCUAUCUAUACCGCUGCCAUUGGAGCCAUCCACGCACUCAUCCAAAACCUUGGUAGGUGUCUGAUUUUUGAGAUCACAUCAUCUGGUUUGAGGUUCCAUGCAAGGCUCGAACGUAGCUGAGAGGAUGACCAUCUCUAACUAGACUUUGUGCUUUACUUUGUUCACAGAUACAACCCUCCUCCUCCAGCCCUUCUGCACCAAGGCCCAGUUCCUGAGUGGCAAGGCUAAGGUGGAUCUCAUAGAGAAGGUUGCAGGUAUGUUCACUGAAACAGUUUGCUUGAGAUAAAUCCCCUUAGCAACCUAGGUUAUGUAGAUGAUACUUUGUAAACUUCAUUAGAUUUUUAACAUUUGGAUUAUGAUCUGAGUUUACAACAGCUGCUAAGCAACAGUGCUAUGGGAACUGUCUUUCUGCCUGCCCUCCAAGGAGUCUUUAGCCUUAAAAGGAGGGAGAAACAGAUGUGUCAGUGUCAUAUGCUCUCAGCAUUUCAUAAACUCCUUGUUACGUGUUUGACUCCCUUGCCUCUUCCCACCUCCCCCUACUUCCCUUCCCUCAUCUUCUGGCCUGUCUUUCAGAUCUGGUGACAGAGCUGUAUCCUCGUAAGCCCCAGGUGGUGGAACAGAAGGUGUUACCCCUGCUGUGGCACCUCCUGGGCACCUCCAGCCACAGCGGCACCGUCCACGGCCGGGGCGGCAGCGUGCGGGGGGCCACUGCCAACCUGUGCCAAGCCCUUUACACCCACAUGGGGCCUGGGCUGGCAGAGUGCGCCGCCUCCCAGCAUGCCAACGUCCACAAGGGCCUCAACGAGCUCCUGAGGACCCUCCCUUCCCCCCGAGGGCCCCUCAGAAAACACAACCUUCAAAACACAACCAAACCCCCACAGACAGAAGAACAGAAACACUGACCUUACUUGAAGACAGAGAUGUUCUGCAUUUCUAAUAGUGCCUGCACUUUUUUAACAUUACAGAGUAUAGAAAGUCCUUUAAGAUGAGAGCCCUUAAAUCAACUCUCUUCUCAGCAAGUUAUGGUAUCCUUCAAUAAAGGAGCACAGGCAGACAGGCAGGCUUCAGCUGUUGGCAUCAGGUCUUACUCUCAACAACCUGCUCUCUUUGCACUUUGAAGAAGUAGUUCACUGUCAUUAUAGUUGUCGUCAUGUAUGUUGCAUUGGAUGUAUCGUAAUAUGAUUGUCGCUGUAUUUGUUUAUGAAUCUUAUUGUACUCAAAUCAGAGACAUUGCGAAGAAUGUACCAUUUUAAAUGCACAAAAAGGAAACGGGACCGAAAUAUGUAUAUUUUUGCUGUUUCAUUAAAUGUAAUAUGUGAUAUUUCUAAGAUGUCUUAUACGGUUGUUUUUAAAGAUUUGUCAGUGAAGAUUAAUGAUAUCAAAUUACUUUUGUUUAGCUCAAAUGUGUGAUUGCAUAGUAUUAGCCUAAUUUGUAUGCUGUACAAUGUUGCAGUUUAUAAUUUAUCAAUUGUAAAUGGUUUGAAAGUCCUAUUGUAACAAUUUGUUGAAGUGGUGUUGUGACAUACCUUAUUUUUUGUUGUUUUAUGACCAAAAUGUACUGACAGGGAAUCAAAAAAAUUGUUAUUUCUUUCUAAAAGAUAUGUACACCGAUGCCUAAAUCAACUGUGGGUAUAACAUUGAAACCAUUUAGCUUUAAACCAACGAUUGAUACAGAGACGGUGAAGCCCAGGCCUGUGAUUCUGUUUCAGUAUAGUGCCAGUCUUGAAGUAGCCUUUCACUAUUCUGUUUAAAUUAUAUUGAACUUGUGUAUUAACAAGAGGAAAGACAGAUAUUGAUAUAUAAAUAAAGUGUUUAUUUCUGUAAACUAA